AUGGAGAAAUUCGAGGAGUCAGCUCGACAACUUCGUGUGGAACUUUGUAAGAAACUUACACUUGACUGUAAAACUCGAUGGAAUUCCACGUACUUGAUGCUACAAAUUGCUUUGGAUUAUAAACAAGUGUUCUCUCGCUUAAAUGUUCGGGAUCCAAAUUAUAAAUCUUUGCCUAGUGAAACUGAUUGGCACAUGGCUGGGGAAAUUUGUCGGAGAUUGAAAGUAUUCUAUAAAGCGACUGAGUUGUUCUCUGGUACCGAGUAUCCCACUGCAAAUUUGUAUUUUCCUAAAAUUUGUGAGAUAAAGCUUGCUUUGAAUAAUUGGGUUUCUUUCAGUAUUGGUGAGGUGCAGUCGAUGGCUGUAGAAAUAUUGAAUAAAUUUAAUAAUUAUUGGUCCGACGUGCAUGGUAUCAUGGGAGUGGCGACUGUGCUUGAUCCUAGUGGAUAUGACUUGUAUGCCUCUCAACGAAAGAGAAAGUCUACAAAAUCGGAGUUGGAUUUGUAUUUGGAUGAGGAUGUUCUACCACGAACGCCCGAUUUCGACGUCUUAAGUUGGUGGAACUCUAAUAAAGGCAAGUACCCGAUUUUGCAUAAAAUUGCUCGGGAUAUCUUAGGAAUUCCAAUCUCUACUGUUGCUUUCGAGUCCGCUUUUAGUAAGAGCGGACGAUUGACUAGUCCUCAUCGUAGUAGACUUCACCACAAGACUAUUGAGGCGUUGAUGUGUUCACAAAGUUGGAUGCAAUGCGAGCAAGAAAAUAAAACACAUGGGGAAAAUGCAACGGUUUUUUAUGAUUCGGAUGUCGAGGAUAACGAGACUUAG